AUGUGGAACAACAUUAAGGUCCUCAGUCAUGGAUAUCAAGGAACAAGGGUUCUUUUCUCUUCAUUGGGUCAAGAUACUGCAAUAAAAAGAAAAACUCAGUGCCUUAAACCGGGUGGAUGGUUAAAUGAUGAGGUGAUAAAUUUGUACCUUUGUUUGUUCAAAGAGAGGGAGGAAAGAGAACCACAAAAGUUUUUGAAGUGUCAUUUUUUCUCUACCUAUUUCUAUGCAAAGAUAAGUGGCAUUGAAGGUUAUGAUUACAACUCUGUCAGUAAAUGGACGGACAAAAUUGGAUAUGAACUACUUGAGUGCGACAAAAUAUUUGUACCUAUCAACAACAACAUACAUUGGACCUUGGCUGUUAUAAACAAAAAGGAUAAAACAUUGCAGUAUCUUGACCCAAUGAAGAGAAAAGAACCCUUGUUCCUUGAUAUCCUAAAUAAUCACAUAAUAAAAAAGGUCACUACUAAACAAUCAUGA